UGCAGUAUAUACGAUAACUUAGAAAGACUAUCAUAAAUAUAAAGACUACUCCAAUUACAGCCAAAUACAUGUAACUGCUAUGUGACUUUGUCAAAAUUGAUAAGUUUCAGUUUGUGACUAUGUGUAACUAGAUCUAUGUUGGGAUGUUACAUUUGUUUCUAAGAAAAAUGAAAUCUGAGAGUCUUACAAAAAUCUAUCAAUGUCAGUUUGUGACCAUGUGUUACUUCCUUGUACAAGAUGUAUAUAGGCAUAUUACCCUUUGCAAAAAAGUCAGUCUGUGACUCUGUGUGACUAUUAAGGACUGAAGCCCUUCCCUCGAGUAUUUACUAUAACAAGGGUGACAUUCUGCUUUUAGAAUACAGACGGUUUGCUACAGGUAACAAAUAAUCGAGUACUUGUGAAAAAACUUCGAUUUGAGCCAUAUCUAACAUUGCACACACCUUCGAUAAUUUCAAGUGUUUAGGCAGAAUUUCGUGAACAUUUUCCGAUGAAAUGCCCACUGAUGAUUGGAAAACUGUAUAUCUCGAGUCUUCUACUACAAUGCUGCUACGUUGUAAGGCGCACUUCACGAGGAAGAUAUUGUACUCUAGCAUACUGCCGUUGAUACAACAAUAACUUGUCUGUUCUCCACUCCUUGCGGGUAAAUGCUUACACUAAUAAUCAUAACCCUGUCUGUUCCUCUUGCCUCGCUAAAACAUCAAUAACCUUUCUAUUCUCUGUACCUCGCUGGAAAAUACUGUCGCUGGCAGAUCAAUACCUUAUCUGUUAACAGUGCCCCGCUGGAAAACACUGUCGCUGAUGCAUCAAUAUCCUGUCUGUUCUCCGUGUUUCUUGGAAAAUACUGUCGCUGAUACACAAGUUCCCUGUCUGAUCUCCGUGCCCCGCUAAAACACUGUCGCUGAUAUAUCAAUAUCCUACCUGUUCUCCGUGCAUCUUGGAAAAUACUGUCGCUGAUACACAAGUUCUCUGUCUGAUCUCCGUGCCACGCUGGAAAACACUGUUGCUGAUACAUCAAUAUCCUGUCUGUUCUCCGUGCAUCUUGGAAAAUACUGUCACUAAUACAACAAUAUCCUAUCUGUUUCUCUGUGCCUUGCUGGAAAACGUACUGAAAUGUUUUUGUAAAUAUGUUAACGUACCGUCAUGAUUGCAACAGUGCUUGAUAUUGUUACAGUUACUAUUUGUUGGCAAUGGAUCAUAACAUUAAUUCAAGAUUAAUAUAUUUAAUAGGCAUAUACGAGGGUCGUUCAACAAAUACGUAGACUGGUGCCAUAACUUCAAAACUAGCCAAUAAAGCCGUCCUAAGUUUGUAUCAUUUUGAAAUAUAGUGUCUCUGAUAUGUAUUUGCCAAAUCUGAAAGAGUUACCAUGAAUUAUGUCUGUAAUGUGAUCAUUUGUUUAAACAAGGGCUAUGCUGUGCGACCCACGAUACUACAAACAUGUUCUGCUGUUCAUUCGCGGUUUGAAGUAUCAGGGCACGUUUAGUUUGUGGAGAUCUCGAUGCUUUCUUUGUACUGAGAUAUACAUUUGGUAUGCUUAAAGAUGGUUUUUAAUUUGGCAGUAUAAACUUGCAACAUAGCCGCAUUCACGGUAUGUUGGCUAUACCACAGACACUUGGUGUCAGCACCCCGUUUCCUUCGCCCCUGUCAACAGUUACUCGAUGUCUUUUGAAAUAAUCUUUUUCUUUAGCCGAUAUUAUAAUUUUUUUUUAUAAAUGAAACACCGAUCAAUAAACGGUGUACAAGUUAAAUGCAUUUUAUGCAUAGGACUACGCGUAUUACGACUGUAAAUUGUAGUUCAUAUGGCGACGUUCUAGCCUUUCCUCGUGUAGGAUGAUCCCAGCUGCCCCUCUUGAUAUUGUUUCAGGUACUGGCGGUCACCUGGGCCACCUGUGUAAAAUCGCCGACCUUCCGUAAGCCAACUGGAUGGCUUGUUAGAGGCAAGUAUUUCGAACUCUCGUUCACGGAGGAGCCUUGUGAUAUAAUGAAGAACAAUAGUAAAAUAUAUAGUUUUAGAUUCACAUUAAUGAUUAAAUGUAUAUUCUGAUAUCAUAUUUCAGAAGACUUGAAAAUACUAUGGGUAAACGAGUGACACGACAGAAGGAUAUAGACCAGGGAUGGGCAUGGGUAGCGAUGACGUCAUCAUAUAUUGGCAUGGUUAUAUACUGCGUGCCUUUAUACAUGACGGAGUCUUGUACAUAGCUCUCCUCGACAAGUAUAACGAGGGAGAGGUAAAAACAUCCUUGAUAGGGGCAGUAUGCUCAGGAUUACUAUGUUUUGCAGCUCCUUUAGGCGGAGUCAUCAAUAAUCGGUUCAGCUGUCGAGUUUCCAUCAUACUGGGUGGUGUAUUAUCAACGACUGGAUUUGCCACAAGUGCUUUCGUACCAAGUAUCGACUGGAUGAUAGUUACUGCCGGUGUAAUGAAGUAUUUCGACCCCCAUAGAAUAAUGACCCCCCGGUCAUUAUUCUAUAGAAAAAGUGACCCCCGGUCAUAGUAUUAUGACCUCCAGGUCAUAGUACUAUGACUCCCCCACGAGAAGUAAACUGAACCUCA